AAACAUUAAUGCAGCAAAAACAAAGCACCAAAACUGUUCGACCGUACACAUCCUUGAAUUAAAUCUCCACCGCCCUUGAAAACUCCUCUGCCAUUUACUUCCUAAUAUAAUAAAGCUUUCCUAAUUCACAUGUUUGCGCCAUUUUCUUUUCUUCUCUUUUCUUUUCUUUCCAUUUCUCUUCCUUAAUUUCCAACCGUCAACAUUACCAUGGUUUCUUGUAAUGACCAGAAUCUGGUCUAUAACAUCCAGAUUUCAUCCGUUGGUCCGGGCAGGGCAACGGCUCCGGACGUGGUCUACGAGCCAAGAGGGUUGGAUUUGGCCAUGAAGCUUCACUAUCUAAAAGGUGUAUACUUCUUCAGUAGUGACGCAACCCAAGGGCUAACCAAUAUGCGCAUUAAGGAAACCAUUUUCUACUGGUUGAACGAGUUCUACGUGACAUGUGGGCGGUUCCGGCGAUCAGACGACACAGGCCGGCCAUUCAUGAAGUGUAAUGACUGUGGCGUCAGGAUGAUUGAGGCAGAGUGUGACAAGACGGUGGAUGAAUGGCUUAAACUGAAGGAUUGUUCGGUCAAUAAGCAACUUGUUUAUCAUCAACCUAUUGGUCCUGAAUUAUCCUUUUCUCCCCUUGUUUAUUUACAGGCAACAAGGUUCAAAUGUGGAGGAAUAUCACUGGGCUUGAGUUGGGCCCAUAUACUUGGAGACCCAUUUUCUGCUGCUGAUUGUAUCAACAUGUGGAGCCCAUUUUUGGCUGGUCUCAACUCCAAUGGGCCUUUUCAAAUCACAAAAUCACCCGAAAGGCUUGAAAACCCUGAAAAUGUAAAAGAAUCACGUUCACUGAAGCGGGUCGACCCGGUUGGUGACCAUUGGGUAACUGCGAAUAACUGUAAGAUAGAAACAUUUUCUCUCUAUUUAACUGCCUUACAGGUAUCUCACCUUCUCUCAACUAUUUGGGGUCAAAGUCUUACUAAAGAAGCUCCAUUGUUUGAGUCUCUGUGUGCCCUAAUGUGGCAAUGCAUAGCUAAAGUUAGAGAAGAGCAUGAGCCCAGAAUAGUGACUAUUUGCAAAAAAGAUCCCAAUUAUUCAAAAAGUGGGAUUUUAAGCAAUAGUCAAAUUGUAAGUUCUGUUGAGGCUGAAUUUUCCAUCAAACACUCAGAUUUGAAAAAAUUGGCAAUUUUGCUAGCUGAUCAAGCUAUCGAUGACAGAACCCUAAUUGAAGAACUAGUGAAGAAAGAUAAUGGAGCGUCCGAUUACAUAAUAUAUGGAGCGAAUUUGACAUUUGUAGAUUUUGAAAAAGCUAAUUUAUAUGGAUUGGAAUUGAGUGAAUAUAAACCAAAGUUUGUAGACUACACUAUUGAAGGAGUUGGAGACGAAGGUGCUGUGGUUGUGCUUCCAUGGUCAGAAGACUCUGCUGAUUACAGCAGCAAAGGAAGAGUUGUGACUGUAAUUUUGCCGGAAAAUGAAAUAACAGAGCUUAAAUAUGAGCUGAAAGAGAAUGGUCUAUUGCUUAAAGGUGAUCUUGAAUAAGUAGAUGGUUGAUGAUUUUAAUCAACUAGUGUGGAGAGAGGCUUUGGUGGGGAUUGAAGAUUUUAUAUUUGUCAUAACAAUAACAAUAAUUAUUAUGUUGUCAUGA